AGAAAAGCGCUUAGCAACGGAGGCAGAAACCAUAAUCAUUCAGAACUGUGAACACUGAACGAGGUCCAGGAGAAACCUUCAAAGUCUAGUUUGGCUUUCCGAUAACUCAGCGAGCGCUUCUCAUCCUGAAAACUUUGCAUCAUUUUUUAUAAAUUUUUACCUGGUAUUUUUUUUUUCUUGCGGUUUCGUGUGGAUUUAAGAUGGAGAAUUAAAAUGGUGAGGAAGAAAAAACUGCUGGUGUUUGAAAUUUGUGGAAGCAUGAUGUGGGAUGGAUAAACAACGACCAAACUCUGCUAUGGCCUCUAAUGACCCUGAGCCUUCUGACCUCUCUGGUGACCCUCAGCCCGGUGACCUCAUUGAGAUCUUUCGACCAGCCUAUCAGCACUGGGCUCUCUACCUGGGAGAUGGUUACAUCAUCAACUUAACUCCUGUUGAUGAGAGCCAGGCAGCCGCCAUGUCCAGCGUCAAGUCUGUGUUCAGCAGGAAGGCCGUGGUGCGCAUGCAGCUGCUGAAGGAGGUGGUGGGGAACGAUUCGUACCGCGUCAACAACAAAUACGAUGACAACCACACGCCUCUGCCUGUCUGUGAGAUCAUCCAGCGAGCUCAAGUCCUUAUCGACCAGGAGGUGUCCUAUGACCUGCUGGGGAGCAACUGUGAACACUUUGUGACCCUUCUGCGCUACGGGGAAGGGGUUUCUGAGCAGGCUUCACGGGCCAUUGGGGCCAUCAGUCUGGUGACGGCAGCAGCCAGUGCCUUCUCUGUCCUGGGACUGAUCAACCCACGGUCCAGAAACAGGCCUUUCUGAACAUUGAUCUGCACUGCAGGCUGCUGUCCCCCAACGUUCAUGCAGCUGUAAUAAAAGAAUGUGAAUGAAAAAAA